AUGGGCCGCAAAGCAAAGAACAAGCAAGCCGCACCAACUCCUCUUGUCGGAUCAGACCUGGAUCGUCGACGUGAUAAAGGAAAGAGGAAGGCUCCAUCAGGAUCAGACAAUCGCAAGAGUCUCAAAGCUGCCAAAGGUGUCAAUGCCAAGAGCUCGAAAGACCGACAGAGACGAUUGCAGCCUAGGGUGAAGAAAGUGGAUGUGGUUGAUGACGACGAUAGUGAUAUUGAGGAUGCUCUAAGACCGGGAGAGCUAUCCGAUGACCAGGAAGAAAUUCCAGUGAAGAAGGUCAAAAAGGGGAAAAAACCUGCGACAACUGGAUCUGACGAAGAUGAUCUUCCUUCUAGACCAAUCAAACAGAUCGAGUUCUCCGAUUCUGAGGAUGAUAUAGGAGGUGACGACGAACGUCUUCCUCCUGGACAACACACUUUCGACCUUGAUGAAGCUCCAGAAGAUGACGGUGACUUUGAAUCUCAGGAAGAAGACGAUUUCGAUCUUGUUUCUGAUGAAGAGAUGAACUCAGAUGAAGAUUCCGCAUUUGUUUCUUCCGGAGAGGAAGAAGACGUCGAUAUGGAUGUGAAUGAUCUACCUCCUCCACACUUACGUCCCAAUCCUAUACCAACGGAUGAAGAAGGUGGUCCUAUUUCUACCAAUCUGGAAGAUGAUCUUGAUCAUCAAGGUUUCACUUUACCUGCAGUGGAGCGUGGAGGAGAACAAGAAGAUUAUGAAGCUGGAACAUCAUUGAAAGAAGUAGAGAGUAGGAUGAGGUGGUUGAUUGGGGUUUGUAGUGGAAAACAGGAAAAGACCUCGAAUGGAUUACCAGGAAGAAGUAGGAGUGAUCAUUUGUUACAAUUACAACAUGAUAUCGCUACGUAUUUCGGAUACAACUUGUUUUUAGUGAACAAGCUUAUGAAGUUAUUCAUCGUUGAUGAGGCUAUAGCUUUCUUCGAAGCUAACGAAUCCCCUCGACCAGUAACCAUCCGAGCUAACACUCUCCGUACUCGUCGUCGAGAUCUAGCUCAAACACUUUCCAACAGAGGUGUAGUCCUUGAACCUAUUGGUAAAUGGUCAAAAGUCGGUUUACAAGUAUUCGAAUCACCCGUUCCUGUAGGUGCUACACCAGAAUAUCUCGCAGGUCAUUAUAUGUUACAAUCAGCUUCUUCAUUCCUUCCAGUUAUUGCACUCGCUCCUCAACCAGAAGAAAGAAUAUUAGAUAUGGCUUCUGCUCCAGGAGGAAAAACCACUUAUAUUUCUGCAUUAAUGCAAAAUACUGGAAUAGUAUUCGCGAACGAUAGUAAUAAACAACGUACAAAAAGUUUAACUGCCAAUGUACAUAGAUUAGGAUGUAAAAAUGUGGUGGUUUGUAAUUACGAUGCUAGGGAAUUUCCCAAAGUAUUAGGAGGGUUUGAUCGAGUUUUAUUAGAUGCUCCAUGUAGUGGAACAGGUGUGAUAUCAAAAGAUCAAAGUGUAAAAGUCAAUAAGACCGAACGUGAUUUUCAACUUUUGGCUCAUCUUCAAAAACAACUUCUUCUUUGUGCACUCGAUUCCGUCAAUCCUAAUUCGACCACAGGAGGAUAUGUAGUUUAUUCUACUUGUUCAGUGACUGUGGAUGAAAAUGAAGCUGUUGUGGAUUACGCAUUACGAAAACGACCUCAUUGUAAGUUGGUAGAUACUGGAUUGGAAUUUGGUGUGGAGGGAUUCAAAGCUUUUGAGGGAAAGACUUUUCAUGAUAAUUUAUCUUUGACAAGAAGGUAUUACCCUCAUAAACAUAACAUGGACGGUUUCUUCGUGGCAAAGUUCAAAGUUGGUAAACGUGCCAAAAAGGAGACUGAGAAAGAAGAAGAACCGCAAAGGAUAAUCAACGCCGAAGGAGAGGUGGUGAUACAACCUUCCAACGUGACUAUAUUCAAUGCAGAGGAAGAUGAACAGCUCAUCAAAGCAGAGAGCAAGAGGAAACAUUUGAAAUCAAAAGGAAUCAAAUUAUCUAAACCCCGAACCAAUGCCCCCACUACUUCCACAGCUGUCAAAAGUAGAUGA